CCUUCCAAUGAAAUGACGCUGGAGGUUGAGAUGGUGAGAAUUCUAGAAUUCCAUUCUUAGGGUUCAGGCUUCUGGCUCCUGCCUUUCCAAAACCCAACAGGCCCACCACACUCAUCACUCUUCCUCGGGUUGCCUUCUUCAUGGAAAGUGGCGCCCCUAGUACCCCGCUCACAAGCCAUCAUCAGCCAAAGCCACCCUGACGAAUUCUGUUUACUACUGUAAAAUCCUACAAACCUGGGAUCCUCUUUGGUAUCCAUACAUCGGUACAACGUAACGAAUGUCAACAGCCAUGGCAUUAUGAGUGGUAGAUACUAUUGCGAGAACAGUUGCAGUGAAAAUGCCAACGCCGUGGAUUCCCAGGCUGCGAGCAGCAUGGAGGAGUCGUUAGACUCGUUGCUGCCACCUGUAGAGUGCAAUACGUCGAGUGCAGCGAUUGUAGAGAAACAAACUCCUCACAGCGACGACAAGCUCAAAGCCAAGGCAAAGACUACUUUGGAAUCACCAUUGGAUGUCACCUUGCCGAUGCCCCUGAUGCCAGCGCCCAUGCCCUUACCCUCGGCACGGCAACCGACGGGACUGCCGGGGGCUUAUGCAGUGAGUACGGGUUUCGCUCGUCCCAUGGUGGAGGACAGCUCUAUUGGUGGUGAUACCGAAGCGGAACCGCAGGAUUCUCCUACUAGUAGCGAAUUGCCGCCACCACUGCAGGCAACCCUUGUAGUUGCCGCACAGCACCCCAGGACGCUCCAAGAUGCAUCGUGCCACGGAGCAGCGGUUCAGCUUGCCACAGCCGUUCGCGAUGAUGACGGCCAAAAGAGACGCACUAUUGCAGCUUUGUUUGCAUUGGCUGUGGUGGUCAUGCUGGCCAUUAUUUUAGCUCUUGUCUUGGGACUCCUAGGAAUAUUUGAUGGAAAUGAGGUAGAACCACCGCAGAUUGCUCUCGGGGGAAACAAUGAAAAUGCAAACGGCAGCCUUCCAACUCUCCAACGAAUCAAACAGGAAGGUAUCUUACGAUGUGAAUAUCGUCAUGUUCCCAAUAUCAUAGCGGAUAUUGCUGGAUUCAGCUACAGCCUUUGCCUUGCAGUGGCAGCCGCCAUCUUUGGACCAGAGACUGCUAAGGACAAGAUGGACUUUCAAGAAUACAAAAAUCGAAGCUCUCUGUUUGCACCGCUUGUGGAAGGGCAAGUGGACUUGUACAGUUCUUUUUACACACAUACCAUGGAACGCGAUGUACUCCAGACUCAAGUCAAGACUGGCUUGUCCUUUACCCCUCCUUGUCUACUAACAGGAAUGGUAAUUGCUGGUGAUCCCUUUCAUGUUGGCUGUGUAGAAGACAACUUCAGACAUCUCGAUGAGUGUCAGAGCUUGAAGAUUUGUGUUGGACAGGGCACAACCUAUACAAGUAUACUGGAAGCUUUCCUGCCAAGAAAAUUUAUUGUUGAAGUGGCAACUGUGGGCGAUAUUGAAAAUGUGUUUUUCAAUGCUGCCUGCAAUGUCAUUGCUACGGGAAGUUUCGUUGCCUUGAGUGCAGAGGAGAUGGCAGCUGCUGGAUAUAAUGGGAGCUAUGUGCUGAGUGAACGCUACUUUUCCAAAGAGCCUAUGGGCCUUGUUACCAGAGAAGACGAUCCAAAAUUCUCAGCCUUUGUGGCUGCCAUUGUGGAUUCCCUCAAUGUGGCAGAGCUACACAACAUCACUCAGGCAUCUGCACACUUGUUUCCUACAACGCAAGUCUUUGGCAUUGAGUAUCAAUACAUGUUUCAAAAUGUCAUUGCUGCUGUGGGAAACUAUGGUGAGAUCUACAAUCGCCAUUUGGCCAGAGGUAUUCCUCGGGCCACAAUCAACCAGAUCAAUCAAGGAACCACAGGAUUACUCUUUGCACACCCAUUUGGUGCAAUUGGGGAGAAUGCGAGAGAGGAAGACACUAUUCCACUGGGUGAUGAUCUCCAAUCAAUUGUGGAUAGAGGGAGUGUUCGCUGUGGCAUUAGUGCCAAUGCAAAAAGGGCUGGUUUUGCUUCCAAACUGAAUACUAGCAAUGUUUCAUCUGUGGCUUACAAGGGAUUUGAGAUUGAUCUCUGCAGAGCUCUAUCCACUUCAUUGUUUCAAGGUGGGCCCAACAAUAUACAGUUCAUAGAGGUGAAGGAACCCCAAGAUGGCUUUGCUCUCCUGGCAAGUGGUGCAAUAGAUGUUUUGGCUGGAGUGACAAGCAGUCUUCAGAACCGUGUCAAGGAACCAAUGACGGGACUAGGCUAUUCCUUUUCUGUGCCCUACUUUUAUGAUGGUUCUGCAAACAACAACAACAGCAAUCUCUGCAUGGCCACCAAUCAAGAUGCCCAUGACUGGUCUGCAUGGGUGCACUGGAUUGUCACUGCUUUAAUCUUUGCGGAGGAGCAUGAUAUUGGUCAAGAAACAUCCUACAGGAUGCCGGAGGUCCUCCUGUUUGGUAACCAGUACAAGCGGAUGUUUCGAGAUACCAUUUUGGAAGUGGGGAGCUAUGGCGAUAUAUUCAAUCGAAACUUGAGGCCGUCAACAUUCCGCGCACUGGCCAGAACAUGCUCAAUCUAAACUCCAACCAAGGACCCCAACGCUAUGCACCUCCAGGGUUUAUCUAACUAAAGAAAUGGCCGCUGAGUCUAACAGGUGUAAAGGGGUUAGAGCACGUAGGGUAGUUAUCUAAUUUAGUAACUUUUAGGGGGUUACUAGUAUG